GGCACAGACAGACAACGCAACGAGGCAACCGAAUAAAAAAGCGGCUCGGCUGCCCGAUUGGUCGCCCGCUCGCAUGCAACCCCCAAUCCAGCCCUUGAUUGAUUUCAUCCUCAGUCAGUCGCUCGAUCACUCAGUCACUCACACAGCGCUUAGAAAAUCGCUCCACCCCUCGACCCCCUUGCGCGCCGCGUAGAGCAGCGCGUCGCACCCCCGAAUCUGCUCCUCCAGGGCCGUCAGCACGUCCGCAUCCACAGUCGGCCCCACAGUGACGUUCUUCAGGCCACCCGACCCGCUCUCCACCGAGCUGCUGCUCAGCGUCGAAGACGUGUCGCUCAGCAGCUUGGUGUCCUCCUGCGGCCCCUUGCCGCUGCUGAUGCUGAUGCUGCUGAUGGUGUCCUUCUGGUGGGUGUGGGUGUGGGUGUGGACGAGGCCCAUGUAGCUGAAGCCGCCCCCGCCUCUGUUGCUGUGCUGUGGCGUGUGUCGCGGGCGGAGCGACGGUGAGUCGGGUGGCUGAAGGAGAGAGGGCGGGGUGGGCGGCUCUGGUGGGCCUGGCGGGGAGGGCAGCACACGAUGUGUGGGGGGCACGAAUGUUGGGUGCAGGGUCGAUCUGUCGCCCUCAAAACCUGCACACACAAUCAGACAAUCAGAUGGAUGGAUGGAUGGCAAACAGGGGAGGGAGGGGCCAUGUGCUGUGCUGCUGGGUGUGGUGUGUAUGUUUGUGUGCGUGUGUACCGACCGAGUCUUGAUGUUUCUGAGAGUGUGGCGUUGGCCUGAAGCUCCUCUCGUGUGAUCUCCUGCAGCCGCAGCCGAAUGCUGCGCGCCUUCUGCAUGGACGAUUGCAGGUCACGCGCACGCCGCUCACGGUCCAACAACUCGUCAAUCGGCUGAGGACACACAUACACACAAACACACACAGAAAGAGAUGGGGCAAUGUGUGGACUCACUCAGUGUGUGAGUGCGGGAGCUUCCCCACUCACCGUUGACCGCUUGCUCUUCUUGCCCUUUCCCUCGCCGUCCUUUUUUCUGCUGCCCCCGUCAGAGUCCCCCAGCAUAGGCAAAGUGCCGCCACCUCCGGCCGCUGCCGCUCCCUCCCCCUUGCCGCCCUGCUCGCUGGCCCACGAGGCCACGAGCUCCCUCAUGCUGCGGGUGAUGCCCUGCCGCACCUGCCGGCGCAUCGAGAUGCUCUCGGCGCUGGGCGGGGCGGGCGGCAGCAAGGCGUCUUUUGACGAUGAGUGGGAGAUGAGCCCGGCCGACCACUCGUCGGAUGGGCAGUAGCUGAUGGAGAUGACCGAUGAGGGCGAGGGGGGGCAAAGGGAGGCCACGGGGGUCGUCACGCCCUGCUCUGGCGGUGUGCCGUGGGUCAAGGGGUGGGGGGUGUCUUCCCCGCCGCCACUCACACUGGCGAGGUUGGGCGCCGUCCGCUGGGAGCGCAGCGCCGCCUUCUUGUUGCUGCUGCUGCUGCUGCCCAGCAUGUUCAUGUCGGAGAGGCUCUCGACGGUGCUGCCGCUGCUGACGAGCCGCCGCAGUGUCGUGUCCCCACUGCGCCUGGUGCUGCCGGAGCUGUCCUUCUCUUUCUGCGAUUGCGAUUGGUGAAGGCGGAAGUAGGGCGAGUGGCUGUGGUAGCGCAGCAGCUCCUCGCGCGCCUUGAGCUUGGCGCGUUUGUCCUCAAGGUAGCGCCGCUGGUAGUGGCCGAUGACCUUGAGGUUCUUGCACAGCGACUUGUGCAGCGCCUGGGACACCUGCACGCCCACACGGCUGUCCCACGAGGGCUGCGACGCCACCGCGCCCGCCUGGCCCGGCUCGAUAAGAGGCGGCUCGUUGACCGGAGAAGCGCACUGGCGGCGCUUCUCCCUCCAGCACACGGCUGUCAGCUCGAGAGUGGGGUCGACCCCACUCACCGUGUAGGUCCGCUGCGAUCUCCGCUCGAAGAGGACGGCUGACGAGGUGGGUGGGGAGGGGAGGGGUGUGUCGUCAGAUGACGGGAGGGGGUGGUCGGGGGCCGACUUGACAGUGUCCUGGCUGAGCAGGAGCAUGUCGUCGUCAGUGCAUGAGGGCAUGCGAUGGAGGUCGGCGAGCGGCGAGAUGGACACGUCGGCAUCGCUCUCGGCGGCGCUCUCCAGCCCGUGUGGGGGGCGGUGUGACUGCGAGGGCGAGGUGGGUCUCCGCCGCAGCCAUGACAGCAGGAAGGGGAACACCUUCUUGCGAUUCCGCUUCUUGCGCCGAUUCGCAGGCAGCGGAUAGCCGUCAUGGUGGUGGUGGCUCGAGGAAUCGGCCCGUGGAAAGGGCAGACACGCAGCAAUUCUGACCAUACACCCACACCCACACACACAAGCAGUCAGUGAGUGAGAUGGCGGGUUAGGCAACCUUGCUUCUCUGCCCUGGUGUCCCUCGCUGACCUGAAUGGCGGAGGUGCCUGGCUUGCGCUUGCCGUCGACACCUCACUGGCGUAGUCGUGCGUGGUGGCUAACGAGCCCGACGCCGUCGAUGCUGUCGAGGUGCGUUGGGUGAGUCUGUCGAAGUGUUUGCCCAGGUCGGCAUCAUGAUAGGGCGGGCAGUGGCAGUAGGACGGCGAGACACCGGACUGCUGAACGAAGCGGAACGAGUCCAUGCCGGACAGCUAGAGCAGCGGCCCUGCUGCCGCCGGAGGUGGCGGAGCGGAAGUAGAGAGAUCCAGGGUGCAGCGGCUGCGAUAGAGGCUGCGAUGGUGCGAUAGAUCAGCAGGGCUAGGCUUUG